GCGCCAUCUGAACGGCAGACUUCUACAUGAACGACUGCAACAAUCAGACGUUAGUCAGAGCCCAGACUGCAGCCGGACGCUUCCAGAGAAAACGAGGACAAGCAGGGACGAAGAGGAAACUCAGCUUCACGUCACUCUGUGCCACCUUUUGGUCGUUUUUGGACCUUUUUUCUUCAGGAUUAGUACAAACCUCUUGGAAUAAAACCGACAUGCAGUCGAUCCCAGACCUGAUCAAGAAGAAGAAAGAUGGAGGAGCGCUGAGCGAUGAAGAGAUCAAAACCUUCAUCCACGCCGUGACGAACAAAACCAUCCAAGACUGCCAGACAGGCGCCAUGCUGAUGGCGAUCUGGCAGAAAGGAAUGGACGCCGCCGAGAUCGAGACCCUGACCAGGGAGAUGAUGUCAUCGGGGGAAGUGAUGUCAUGGCCAAAUGAGUGGGCGGGGCUGGUGGUUGACAAACACUCAACAGGAGGGGUGGGAGAUAAAGUCAGCCUGGUGUUAGCGCCUGCGCUAGCUGCCUGCGGCUGUAAGGUGCCUAUGAUCAGUGGGCGGGGCUUGGCUCAUACAGGAGGAACUCUGGAUAAACUGGAGUCAAUUCCAGGAUUCAACAUCCACCAAUCAACAGCACAGAUUCUGGAGAUCCUGGGCUCAGUGGGCUGCUGCAUUGUGGGUCAGACGGAGACUUUGGUUCCUGCAGAUCGAGUCCUGUACGCUCUGCGGGACGCCACCAGCACCGUGGACAGCUUACCCCUGAUUACUGGCUCGAUCAUCUCAAAGAAAGGAGCCGAGUCUCUGUCGGCUCUGGUCCUGGAUGUGAAGUUUGGACGAGCUGCUCUCUAUAAAGACCUGGAGAGCGCCAAGCAACUGGCACAGUUAUUAGUAACCGUAGGAAACGGCCUUGGCGUGCGCACGGGGGCGCUCCUCAGCUGCAUGGACGCUACGAUUGGUCGAUGCGUGGGAAACAGUCUGGAGGUGAUCGAGUCUCUGGAGACGCUGAAGGGGAAGGGACCCGACGACCUGAUGGAGCUGGUCACGACUCUGGGCGGUGUGUUGCUGAUGAUGACUGGCAUGGUGUCUGACCUAUCAGAAGGCAGAAGACAGAUAUCUGACGUUGUGAUUGGUGGAGAUGCUCUGUCCAAAUUCCAGGCCAUGAUGGAGGCUCAGGGUGUGGCCAAUGAGACGGCACGGUCGCUAUGCUCCGCCCACACAGAUUACUACAGUAUCCUGAGAAAAUCUGAGCACCAGAUCGAACUGAAGACACCUGCAGAGGGCGUCGUCAUGGAUAUCAACGGUUUGACUCUAGCUGAAGUUCUUCAUAAACUGGGGGCGGGACGAUCAAAGGCCGGAGAGCCUGUCAAUCACAGUGUAGGGGCGGAGCUUCUGGUGUCACUGGGUCAGAGGGUCAGCAAAGGGGUCUCCUGGUUGCGGAUCCAUUAUGAGGAUCCGGCUCCGACUCCAGACCAGAUCAAUCGAUUGCAGAAAGCUCUGAUUCUGGGAACAAAUGAAGACACACGAACUCAACACAAACAGCCUUUGGUGAAAGAACUGCUGCUACCUCAUGAAGCAUCUUAACGCUUUCAUUUAUCAACAUUAAAACAGAAACCUCUGCAGAGUGACAACCAUCAUGUUGUGACCUGGAUCAGUGAAUCACAAGCGUCUCAGCACACAUGUGAUGUAAACAUUACAAAUAAAUCGACUGUAACAAAAGAAGAAGUUCUCACAUCUUAGUCCUGCAUUCAAAGAGUUAAACUGCUUUAGUAAAAGUACUAAACUUUUAGUAAAAAACAUUUAAAAUACCAAAAGUAAUCAUGUAGAAUGGCCCAUUUCAGAAUAAUAUAUAUUAUUGGAUUAUAAUAAUUGAUGCAUUAAUGUGUUCAUCAUUUUAAUGUAAAUGCUAAUUUUAAUGACUUUUUACACAGCUGGAUAGUUCAUGAUCUAAAAUCAAUAAAGUUUUAUCCUAACCUUUAAUAAUGUAUCACAUUUGAUUUGUUAAUUGUGUUGUCUGUUAUUGAUCUGAAUCUGAAAAGUAAGAAACUUUAUCUCAGCAGGUGUGUUUCACUUGCUGGGUGGAGACAAGCAGUCUACUAAUCAGCUCAGUGGGGGCGAUUAUUAAUGAUUAGGCCUCAACUCAACAAAAAAAACCCCUGAACAUAUUAAAUGAAGUAUCUGUUUUCUUUCAGCAGCUCCAAAAGAAAUCAUUCUCCAUCUUUCAUUUCCAUAAAAUCUGCAUAAUUUUGUAGAAUGUGAUUUGAUGAUUUACAGGUUUUAUUUUCUAAAUCUUUUGAACAGAAUGAAAAUGUACUGAUUGUAUUGUUCAGUACUGUUUAUACCUACUGUAAUUAUACUUAUCUAUUGAUCACCAGUGAAAAGCUGUAUUGAUUUAACAUGGCCUUGAUCAGGAUAUUCAGUCAAAAGGUUUUUAUAUUUACAAUAUACUGUGCAGGUGAAGUAAUGCAAGAGUCUGACCAGCAGAGGGCGCUGAGGACACAUGAAAGUCUGAAAACAGCUGAUGAAAAGCAUGAAAUAAAGAGUUCAUUUCAUUAAUUAAUUUACAGGAUUAAAUUUAAGUAAGAAUCAUUUCUGUCUUAGUUUAUGUUUUCAGAUGUACUUUUAUCAGCUAAUUAUUAUAAUGAACAUCGUUAAAAUUCAGAGUUUAAUUCUAAAAAGUGUGAACGAGAUGAAGUCAAAGUGAAGUCUGU